UUGUAACAAAAAUGCAUUUUUAUUGUUCAAGCAUUAAGUUUGUAAAUGACACAUUACAAUUGUCAUGUAUUAAAAGCAAAGAAACAUGAACCUCAAUCACAGAAAAACAGAAAAUCAUUUUCAGCAGAAUCUUCACCUUUUAGGUUUAUCUUCUGGCUUUUUGCAUAAUUUAUUUUUCUAAAGACGUUUCAUCUGGUAAUGAUCACCACACAAAUGAUUGAAGGAAACAUAAGACCAAACCUGAGGUUUAAGAAUUAACCACGAUUCAUCUACAGCUCUCUAUGACAGAGAAAAUGAAGAAUCCUGUUUCGGCUGUGGCCAGUGAGAUCUUGUGCUAAAAUUGAUUUCUUAAUUUCAGCUGCGCAGUCUUCAAAGAAACCCGGAGGCACGUCAAAAGCAGAACUUCUUCUAAAUUUCCUGGGAGGUGGAACAACUGUUUUUAUGUUCCUGUUUCAAACAAGCGGUGCAAAAGUUUUUUGAAGCAAAUGCAUACAACAAUGGAUCCAGAGAGCUGUUCAGAAACACCAGCGCUCUGAAAAUGUCCUUGUUGUCUGUGCAAAACUUCAUCAGUCUCUCAUUUUUGCUGAAAAUUGCUUCCAAGCUAAGCAUAUUUACGAUUAGGUAUGGCAUCCAGAGGACAAAGAAGGUCACAAUGAUGCUGGUGAUCAGACAGGUGGUCUGUGGGUUGUUAAAGAGAGCUGCCCGGUCCACUUUUCUUUUGAGCCUGAUAUAUGCAAACACUACAAUACAAACAGAGGCAACCCCCAUUACAGUCUCCUCCAACAGCAAAGCUACCUGCUUGGUCAAGGAAGAGUACACAGAUUCACACUGUGGCAAGUUUCGGACUGAAAUGAUUUGUCGAUCCACCAAAACAGGGAUGGACAGGAUGAUGGCAGCCAGCCAGAGCAGAGCCAGCAGCCUCUUCUGUCCCCUGUGCUGGAACCACUUCUUCCCAUGAACCACCUGCAGGUAACGCUGGAGACUCAGGGCCAUCACAGUCAGAAGACAGCAGUGAAUGCAGCAGUAAAUCAGAUAUGCAAUGAGCUUACAGGCCAGAAGGCCAAAAGACCAGCCAUGCAGGAAGGCAUGAAUCCACAGAGGCAGAGUUAUCAGGUUGAGCAGGUCUGCAACGGCCAAAUUCAACAUCAAACUCUGGCUCAGACUCGACAUUUGCUGCCAGUUUGGUCUGAGGAUGAUCACAGCGAUGUUUCCAGGAAUUCCCAGUAUGGAGCUGAGGGAAUAAACCACAACAGGAACCAGAGUGCUGAAGUCCUGGGAGGAAGGAGGUGGAUGUCCAGGAGAGGAGGAGAUGAUGGAGGUGACCACAGUGGAGUUGAGCUGUUCCAUCCUGCCAACAAGCUGAGGAGAAAACAAAAGCUGUGUGUGCCAAGCAGAGGAUGAUGAUGUCUGUCUCUACAGAGAGAUAUGAGAACGAAAAGAGGAAGUUGCUGUUACUGCAGCAGGAAACAUCAUACCGUGGUGAGGUCAGCGUAAAAACCUCAAACACCCAGAGUUAGACAUCUAACAUUAGGUUAACCUGAAGCAAACAGCACACACAUGAUGAUUCACCGGUGUACGAACUUUUAACCUACACAAAUAUGUGCGUGAAUAAGUUCUUCAGUGUGUGCUUCAAUACAUCGAUCCAGGAGUUUUUCUGAGUUCAUCGUAAAUGAUCUCUUUGACACGAAAUCUCACCUUUACGGCUCUGCUUUUUUUCUAAGUUUGCAUCUGAUUAAAAGUUUCCUGUGACCUUUAAAAAAGCACUUUUCAUCAGCGGCUGAACAAACUUUUUGAGCUGAUGAAGAUUAUGUGAAGUUAAGGAGGAAUCGCAGAAUGCUGUUCAGUUUUAGCUUGCCUAUUUUGUUUGAUAGUGAAUUCUACGCUCUUAAAGGUGGGGUAGUCAGGAUCUGAAGAAGUGCCAGUUCUGCGGAGAAAUCUUGAAUGUGAACACUACCCCUCAAAAGCAAAUGAAUGACACUUGUUAUAACAAAAAUGCAUUUUUAUUGUUCAAGCUUUAAGUUUGUAAACGACACAUUACAAUUGUCAUGCAUUUAAAGCAAAGAAACAUGAACCUCAAUCACAGAAAAACAGAAAAUCAUUUUCAGUGGACUCUGCACCUUUCAGAUCUAUUUUCUGGCUUUUGCAUGAUUCAUUUCUCAAAAAACGUUUCAUCUGGUAAUGAUCACCACACAAAUGAUUGAAGGAAACAUAAGACCAAAGCUGAGGUUUAAGAAUUAACCACGAUUCAUCUACAACUCUCUAUGACAGAGAAAAUGAAGAAUCCUGUUCUGGCUGUGGGCAGUGAGAUCUUGUGCUAAAAUUGAUUUCUGAAUUUCAGCUGCGCAGUCUUCAAAGAAACCCGGAGGUUUUAAAAGCACCUCAAAAGCAGAACUUCUUCUAAAUUUCCUGGGAGGUGGAACAAUUGUUUUUAUGUUCCUGUUUCAAACAAGCGGUGCAAAAGUUUCUUGAAGCAAAUGCAUACAAGAAUGGAUCCAGAGAGCUGUUCAGAAACACCAGCGCUCUGAAAAUGCUCUUCUUGUCUGUGCAAAACUUCAUCAGUUUCUCAUUUUUGCUGAAAAUUGCAGCCAAGCCAAGCAUAUUUACAAUUAGGAAUGGCACCCAGAAGAUGAAAAAGGUCACAAUGAUGCUGGUGAUCAGACAGGUGGUCUGUGGGUUGUUAAAGAGAGCUGCCCGGUCCACUUUUCUUUUGAGCCUGAUAUAUGCAAACACCACAACAGAAACAGAGACAAUCCCCAUUACAGUCUCCUCCAACAGCAAAGCUACCUGCUCGGUCAAGGAAGAGUACACAGAUUCACACUGUGGCAAGUUUCGGACUGAAAUGAUUUGUCGAUCCACCAAAACAGGGAUGGACAGGAUGAUGGCAACCAGCCAGAGCAGAGCCAGCAGCCUCUUCUGUCCCCUCUGCUGGAACCACUUCUUCCCAUGAACCACCUGCAGGUAACGCUGGAGACUCAGGGCAAUCACAGUCAGGAGACAGCAGUGAAUGCAGCAGUAAAUCAGAUAUGAGAUGAGCUUACAGGCCAGAAGGCCAAAGGACCAGCCAUGCAGGAAGGCAUGAAUCCACAGAGGCAGAGUUAUCAGGUUGAGCAGGUCUGCAACGGCCAAAUUCAACAUCAAACUCUGGCUCAGACUCGACAUUUGCUGCCAGUUUGGUCUGAGGAUGAUCACAGCGAUGUUUCCAGGAAUUCCCAGUAUGGAGCAGAGGGACAAAACCACGACAGUAACCAAGGCCCUGAAGUCCUGGGAGGAAGGAGGUGGAUGUCCAGGAGAGGAGGAGCUGAUGGUGGUGACCACAGUGGAGUUGAGUUGUUCCAUCCUGCCAACAAGAUGAGGAGAGGGCAAAAGCUGUACUUGCCAAGCAGAGGAUGAUGAUGUCUGUCUCUACAGAGAGAUAUAAGAACGAAAAGAGGAAGUUCCUGUUAGUGCAGCAGGAAACAUCACACCGUGGUGAAGUCAGCAUUUGAACCUUAGUCACCCAGAGUUAGACAUCUAACACUAGGUUUACCUGAAGCAAACAGCACACACGCGAUGAUGCACCGGUUUGAGAACUUUUACCCUUCACAAAUAUGUGUUUGAAUCACUUCUUUGGUGCAUGCUUCAGUACGUCGAUCCAGGAGUUUAUCAGAGUUCAUCGUACAUGAUCUCAAUGUAACAAAAUCUGCCCUUUACAGUUCUGCUUUCCUUGUAAGUUAACAUCUGAUUAAAAGUUUCCUGUGACCCGAAAAAAAGCAAUCUUCAUCAGUAACUGAACAAGCUUUUUGACCCGAUGAAGAUUAUGUGAAGUUUAAGAGAAAUCCCAGAAUGCUGUUCAGUUUUAGCUUGCCUAUUUUGUUUGAUAGUGAAGUCUACGCUCUUAAAGGUGGGGUAGUCAGGAUCUGAGGAAGUGCCAGUUUUGGGGAGAAAUCUUGAGUGUGAACACUAACCCUCAAAAGCAAAUGAAUGACACUUGUUAUUACAAAAAUACAUUUUUAUUGUUCAAGCAUUAAGUUUGUAAACGACACAUUUCAAUUGUCAUGCAUUAAAAGCAAAGAAACAUGAACCUCAAUCACAGAAAAACGGAAAAUCAUUUUCAGUGGACUCUUCACCUUUCAGGUUUAUCUUCUGGCUUUUUGCAUAAUUUAUUUUUCAAAAGAGGUUUCAUCUGGUAAUAAUCACCAUACAAAUAUUCAUCUACAGUUCUCUAUUACUGAAGGGAAAUGAUUCUGUUUCCGCUGUGGUGGUGAUAUCCUGUGCUAAAAUUAACUUCGUCAUCAUCAUUGAGCUGAGCACUCUUCAAAGAUACCCAGAGGUUUUAAAAGCACCUCAGAAGCUAAACUUCUAAAUUUCCUGGGAGGUGGAACAACUGUUUUUAUGUUCCUGUUUUAAACAAGCAGUGCAAAAGUUUCUCGAAGCAAAAGCAUACAAUAAUGGAUCCAGAGAGCCGUUUAGAAAUGCCAGUGCUCCAAAAGUGUUCCAAUUGUCCGUGCAAAACUUCAUCAGUCUCUCAUUUUUGCUGAAAAUUGCAGCCAAGCCAAGCAUAUUUACUAUCAGGUAUGGCAUCCAGAGGACAAAGAAGGUCACAGCGAUGCUAGUGAUCAGACAGGUGGUCUGUGGGUUGUUAAAGAGAGCUGCCCGGUCCACUUUUCUUUUGAGCCUGAUAUAUGCAAACACCACGACAGAAACAGAGACAACCCCCAGCACAGUCUCCACCAUCAGCAAAGCUACCUCCUGGGCCAAGGACGAGUACACAAAUUUGCACUGUGUCAAGUCUUGGACUGAAAUGGGCUGUUGAACCACCAAAACAGGGAUGGACAGGAUGAUGGCGGCCAGCCAGAGCAGAGCCAGCAGCCUCUUCUGUCCCCUGUGCUGGGACCACUUCUUACCAUGAACCACCUGCAGGUAACGCUGGAGACUCAGGGCCAUCACAGUCAGAAGACAGCAGUGAACACUGCAGUAAACCAGAUAUGAGAUGAGCUUACAGACCAAAAGGCCAAAGGACCAGCCGUGCAGGAAGGCAUGAAUCCACAGAGGCAGAGUAAGCAGGUAGAGCAGGUCUGCAAUGGCCAAAUUCAACAUCAAACUCUGGCUCAGACUCGUCAUUUGCUGCCAGUUUGGUCUGAGGAUGAUCACAGCGAUGUUUCCAGGAAUUCCCAGUAUGGAGCAGAGGGUCAAAACCACGACAGGAACCAGAGUGCUGAAGUCCUGGGAGCAAGAAGGUGGAUGUCCAGGAGAGGAGGAGAUGAUGGAGGUGACCACAGUGGAGUUGAGUUGUUCCAUCCUGCCAACAAGCUGAGGAUAAAACAAAAGCUGUGUGUGCAAGGCAGAGGAUGAUGAUGUCUGUCUCUACAGAAACAUAUAAGAACGAAAACAGGAAGUAUGACAACCUUGGACCAAAAUAUCUCCUGAAAGGUUAGAUUUAAAUAUUUGCUGCUGUUAUUGCGGCAGGAAACUUCCCACAGUGGUGAGGCCAGCAUACAAACCUCAAACAUCCUGAGUUAGCCAUCCAACAGCAGAUUUACCUGAUGCAAAGCAGAGAAAACACGAUGAUGCACCGGUAUAUGAACUUUUCCCCAACACAGAUAUGUGCUUGAAAAUUUUUUUUGUUACGUGCUUCAAUAUGUCGAUCCAGGAGUUUUUCUGAGUUCAUCUUACAUGAUCUCUUUGACACGAAAUCUCACCUGUACAGCUCUGCUUUUUUUCUAAGUUAGCAUCUGAUUAAAAGUUUCCUGUGACCCUUAAAAAAGCACUUUUCAUCAGCAACUGAACAAACUUUUUGACCCGAUGAAGAUUAUGUGAAGUUGAGGAGGAAUCGCAGAAUGCUGUUCAGUUUUAGCUUGCCUAUUUUGUUUGAUAGUUAAGUCUACGCUCUUAAAGGUGGGGUAGUCAGGAUCUGAGGAAGAGCCAGUUUUGGGGAGAAAUCUUGAAUGUGAACACUAACCCUCAAAAGCAAAUGAAUGACACUCAUUAUAACAAAAAUGCAUUUUUAUUGUUCAAGCUUUAACUUUGUAAAUGACACAUUACAGUUGUCAUGCAUUAAAAGCAAAGAAACAUGAACCUCAAUCGCAGAAAAACAGAAAGUCAUUUUCAGUGGACUCUUCACCUUUCAGGUUUAUCUUCUGGCUUUUUGCAUGAUUCAUUUUUCAAAAGAGGUUUCAUCUGGUAAUAAUCACCACACAAAUGAAGCAUAGCGGUAGUUCAGGCAGGUCAGGGAGUCAAGCUUUAGGCUACAGUCAGCUGAUCUUAAGCCAGCCCUCAGCCAGCUGAUAGCUCAGGUGAUCGCCCUCUACACAUCCUACUGGCUAAUGUCAAAAUGGCACCUUAUUUAAACUGCUUCUCCUGCCUACUUUACCUGCUGCAACCACUAUGCAACCAACUGCCACCCCAGCUCCUCCUGUUUAUGUUGUGUCUGAUCUUACCAGUGUCAGAUGUAUUGUCACUGACGCUUGCUCUGUUCUGUGGGGGGAUUUUAAUGUAUGUAUCUUAAUCGUAUUUAUUUGCUGCUGCUUUCUCUGCCUUGGCUUUUCAUGUAUGCACAUGAAAGGGAGGGGAGGGGCGCUCCCGUCUUAUAGCCGUGGCAUUCCAUGCAAGCGCAUGGAAGGACAGGGAACUCUCAGAACAGAGCCAUACCGCCAAUGUAAAAAACGUUUGUUUGUAAAAGAUAAUAAAUUUGACUUAAGUGGUCCUGACUGAAAUGAUUUAAGGAAACGUGACCAAACCUGAGGUUUCAGUAUUUACCACAAAUCAUCCACAGCUCUCUAUGACUGAUGGGAAAUGAACGCUUCUGUUUCCACUGUGGAUGACGACACCUUGUGCUUAAAUUAAUUUCUUCAUCAUCAUCGAGCUGAGCACUCUUCAAAGGUACCCAGCGGUUUUAAAGCACAUCAAAAGCAUAACUUCUAAAUUUCCUGGGAGGUGGAACAACUGGUUUUCUGUUCCUGUUUCAAACAACCGGUGCAAAAGUUUCUUGAAGCAAAUGCAUACAACAAUGGAUCCAGAGAGCUGUUCAGAAACACCGGUGCUCUAAAAAUGUUCUUGUUGUCCAUGCAAAACUUCAGCAGUCUCUUAUUUUUGCUGAAAAUUGCAGUUAAGCUGAGCAAAUUUAAGAUCAAGUAUGGCACCCAGAGGACGAAGAAGGUCACAAUGAUACUGGUGAUCAGACAGGUGGUCUGUGGGUUGUUAAAGAGAGCUGCCCGGUCCACCUUUCUUUUGAGGCUGAUAUAUGCAAACACCACGACAGAAACAGAGACAAUCCCCAGCACAGUCUCCUCCAACAGCAAAGCUACCUGCUGGGCCAAGGACGAGUACACUGAUUCACACUGUGUCAAGUUUCGGACUGGGGAGGGUUGUCGAUCCACCAAAACAGGGAUGGACAGGAUCAUGGCAACCAGCCAGAGCAGAGCCAGCAGCCUCUUCUGUCCCCUGUGCUGGAACCACUUCUUCCCAUGAACCACCUGCAGGUAACGCUGGAGACUCAGGGCAAUCACAGUCAGAAGACAGCAGUGAACACUGCAGUAAACCAGAUAUGAGAUGAGCUUACAGGCCAGAAAGCCAAAUUUCCAGCCGUGCAGAAGGGUGGGAAUCCACAGAGGCAGAGUUAUCAGGUUGAGCAGGUCUGCAACAGCCAAAUUCAACAUCAAACUCUGGCUCAGACUCGACAUUUGCUGCCAGUUUGGUCUGAGGAUGAUCACAGCGAUGUUUCCAGGAAUUCCCAGUAUGGAGCUGAGGGACAAAACCACAACAGGAAACAGAGUGCCGAAGUCCUGGGAGAAAGGAGGUGGAUGUCCAGGAGAGGAGGAGCUGAUGGUGGUGACCACAGUGGAGUUGAGUUGUUCCAUCCUGCCAACAAGCUGAGGAGAGGGCAAAAGCUGUACGUGCCAAGCAGAGGAUGAUGAUGUCUGUCUCUACUGAAAGGUAUAAGAAUAAAAAGAGGAAGUUGCUGUUAGUGCAGCAGGAAACUUCACACAGUGGUGAGGUCAGUGUAAAAACCUCAAACACCCAGAGUUAGACAUCUACCAUUAGGUUUACCUGAAGCAAAGCAGCACACACACGAUGAUGCACCAGUAUGAGAACUUUUCCCCAACACAGAUAUGUGCUGAAAUAACUUUUUUGGUGCGUGCUUCAAUAUGUCGAUCCAGGAGUUUACCUGAGUUCAUCUUACAUGAUCUCUUACAUGACACAAACUCUGCCCUUUACAGUUCUGCUUUUCUCUAAGUUAGCAGCUGAUUAAAAGUUUCCUGUGACCCUAAAAAAGCACUCUUCAUUAGCGACUGAGCAAACUUUUUGAGCUGAUGAAGAUUGUGUGAAGUUUAGGAGGAAUCCCAGAAUGCUGUUCAGUUAUAGCUUGCCUAUUUUGUUUGAUGGUUGAGUCUACCGUAACACCGAGUUAGACACCCCAUUUAGAGAUGAAUGUUGCCGACCGCUUACUUUUUUAGUUAUACCAACUUUAGUAAGAACCACAGAUAGCAAUACACAAGCGGUCUGAUGAGCCAUAAACAAACCUCAACCAAAACAACACUCUAUAGCUACAAAUACAGCUACACUUAACCCCUCUUGCUCCCAGUGCGUGUCCUCCACCGGCGUAUGAUUGUAAGUGAUGUGCGGUGGUGGUCGGAGAGGCCGUAACUGGCUAAACCCACAGGAUCCAGACCGGCAAGUGGAUCAGAUCCGCAAGCAUACAAUGCCCACUAGAUCCGAUCUGCCGCCGCCAUCAGAGGAGAAACUGUGUGAGCAAAUGAUGUAUCCAAUGUGAGCGCUUUGAGGGUCUCUGAUAAAGCGCUAUAUGAAAUCUGAUGCAUUAUUAUUAUUAUUAUUAUUAUUAUUAUUAUUAUUGUUGUUGAUGAAGUUAGGUGCUGUUCUGAGCAUUAUUUGUGGCUAUAGAGUGGCGUUUUGGUUAAGGUUUGUUUAUGGUUCCUUAGAUCGCUGUGUAUUGCUAUUGUGCGGUCGUUACUGAAGUUGGUAUAACUAGAGAAGCAAGCAGUCGGGAACAUUCAUCUCUAGAGGGGGUGUCUAAAUCGGUGUUAUGGUGUGUUUGACCCUAAAUUAAUUUUGUGCCGGAAUAUCCCUUUAAGAGUCCAUCAGUAUCAUGUAGAAAAAAAGGGAACUUUUUGCUGGAGGCAGAGACACGCUUGUUAAAAUAAACUAACAUGGGCUAAAAUAUUGGUCCCUCGCAAUUUAGAGAGUUUGUGUGUGUGUGUGUGUGUGUGUGUGUGUGUGUGUGUGUGUGUUUCUGCACACACUUAAAACAUGCACUGACAUAAAUCUAAAUUUAUCCUUCUUGACCGCAGACAAACACGCACUGAAUCGCAACAUUUUGUCGUUUCGGUCUCUGCAAAUAAAGUUAAAUCUAAAUUCAUUUCUCCCCGCUGAAAGAAUCGCUGUUCCCCGUGUUUACCCGCCGUAAUAAAAAUAUUAGUUUAAUCCCCCCCAGAAAAAGAAAAAUACCCAUGAUUCCCUUCGUCUGGACGGGGAAAGUCCUCUCACAUGAUCAGAACCUUCAUUCAUACAGACAUGUUCGUCUGUUUCAGCCGGACUCCCACUUCUCUCUGCGGGUUCGUCACUUGUUUCUGCAUCAGAGUGGGAUGUGUGUCUGUGAGAGGAUCUUUUCCGCCAGAGAGGAUCUUUGCAUCAGCGUUUUUUCCCUUAGAUUGAAAUGAUGGACGUCAGUCUGCUGGAAACUGUUUGGAUGAAGACCAUUUGGUUUUACUGAGGAAGAAAACGUCCGCUACAUUUUGAGUGUUUUUAAGGUGGGUACACUUAUUUCUUUAAAAUGUCAUUUUAAAUAUAAUAUUUGUUAAAGUUUAAUUCACUUUAAUAUUGUUUUGCUAUCUUUGUAGAGAUGUCUGAGUUAUUAUUAGGGUCCUUUUUAUGCUAAUUAUUUAAUGUUUCAGACUCGUUCGAGUCUUUUAACAGGAUAAAUCUCUAGCCUGUAACUUUUUAAUAAGUCAGCAGAUCAAUAUCAUAAAUUAAUAACAGAUUAUUAAUGUUUGAAAUACUUUGAGUUUCUGUUUUAUUGCUUUGAUUGGUAGUCACAGAGGGAUUGCUUUUCUUGAUUUAGAAAUAACGUGACUGUAUUGAUUAAAUCGUGGACACAUUUGAUAAGAAGCAGAAACCGAGACGGUUGUUCAGUUCAGUCAGUAAACUCUUGCGCCAUCUCCUGGCCAAAUACUGUAUUACAGCCACAUAACUGUCCAGCAAUGGUAUGAUUUUUAAUAGUGUCUGCAGAGCCGGAGAGACAAGCAGAUCCACAACCGUGACAGAUCCACAACCCUCUUACUAACCGGUGUUCCACAUACCUUUUUGUGCCCAGAAAUUUGAUUUAAGUAACCAAUUAAAAAAUGCACAAGUGACCACAGUCAAAUAUUUAUUAUCUAAUCAAAUUAAAAAGUCUUUGAAAUUUGUGAAGAAAGUGUUCGGUUCUUGGGACUCAGACCACUUCUUUUCAAGGAAUUUAGAUUUAUUUUAAAAAUAAAUAAGUGCUAUCAGUCACAUAUUUAGAUAUCAAUCUAGAUUUUAUUAAUUUUACAAUUUUUUACUUUAUUAUCAUCUUUUUAUGUAUUGUCUUUCUACCUAAAAUAUUUCGGGUUUAUUCCACAAAAGUAUCAACUUUUAUUAUUCCGAUAUCACAGGGAUUGGCCUCGCUUUUUUACUCUUAAUUCCUUGGUGAUGAUUUUGACCCCCUGAAUGCAAUAGUAUGUGUCUGCAGAGCCAGAUGAAUCUGAUAUUUUGAGUGUUUUUUCAUAUAUUUUAAUGUGCAAUCUCAUGCACAUUAGCACUUCUGUUUCAUUGUCUACAAUGCUAGUAGCCGAUGGGUCAAGCCAUACAUUUCUGACUUCCAACAAGCUAAUGUUAGCAUUAGCUUCACCGAGAUUCGAUGUGCAUUUCAGACUAUUAUGGUAAACGGAUAGGGAAAAUGUCAUAAACAGAGCCUGUCACAUUGACAUUUAUUUUAAAUUCAAGACAACAGUUUUCUAUCCUACCCUCAAUCAUGAAAAAGGUAAGCCGAGACUCUCGAUUUACCGGUCGAUCUACGUACCAAUCCUCACCUAUGACCAUGAACUUUGGGUAAUGACCAAAAGAACAAGAUCGCCGAUACAAGCGGCUGAAAUGGGUUUCCUUCAUGGGAAGCCUUAGAGAUAGGGUAAGGAGCUCGGACACUCGGGAGGCGCUCAGAGUAGAACCGCUGCUCCUCCACGUCGAGAGGAGUCAGCUGAGGUGGCUCGGGCAUCUGGUUAGGACGCCUUCUGGACGCCUCCCGUUAGAGGUGUUCCGGACAUGUCCCAUGAGGAGGAGACCUCUUGGCCGGCCCAGGACCAGGUGGAGGGAUUACAUCUCUCGCCUGGCCUGGGAGCGCCUGGGAAUCCCCCGGAGGAGCAGGUGGAAGUGUCUGGGGUGAGGGCCGUCUGGGUUGUGGAUCUGUCACGGUUGUGGAUCUGCUCGACUCUCCGGCUCUGCAGAAACCCCCUACUCAUGAUUUCCCUCUUUUAAUAUUUCUAUAUCUCCGUUUCUUCUAUUUCCAGGAGGAUGGGUCUGGGUUACUUCCUGUCUCUGCUGCUCUGUGCAGCCGCUCUCACCGCCUCAUCGGUUUUCUGUAAAGAUGAGGACAGCGAGGACCUCAGGUGGACCAGGCAGAGCCUACCAGUGCUGCAGGACACACACACAGAGCUUUUAGACCCGCCUCUGUUCAGAGGCAGCGGUGUGAACGAGGAAAAAGGAGGGAAGUGUCAAAUCAAACACACAUCUGUGGACCAGAGUGAGCAGGAGAGGAUUCUGGGAUAUGAAACCACGUAUGAGAACGGCACUCGAACACACACGGAUGUCAGUUUGCCGGGUUUUAACACGACAGCUGGAGAAAAACCGGUUCAUUCACCGGCUCACACCCGCAGGAGACGUCAGGUUUACGGAUCAGACGGACGCUUCGUCAUCUCCGACUCUCACUUCAUCACAAACUACCCUUUCUCCACAGCUGUUCGCCUCUCCACCGGUUGCUCCGGAGUCCUGGUGUCGCCGAAACAUGUGCUCACAGCAGCACACUGUGUCCACGAUGGGAAGGACUACCUAGAAGGAGCAAGAAAGCUGAGAGUAGGAGUUCUGCAGCUCAAAUCUAAGAGAAGAAGAGGAGGAAGGAGGAGAAAGGGACGACGGGAAGAAGGGGAUGGUGAAGAGGAGGAGCAGAUGAUGGAGGAGGGUGAGGAGCAGAACAGCAUAGAUGGAGAUGUAGGGAAUAGGAAAAAGGACGGCAGAGGCAAGAGGCGCAGAGGAAGGAAGGAGGGAGAAGAAGGUGUAGCUGAUGGUGGAGAUGUGGAGGGUGAACGGAAGAGGCUGAACCGUGUUCGACGCGGCGCCCCGAGCAAAAAGCAGCCGGUGUUUCGAUGGUCACGAGUCAAACAAACGAAGAUCCCCCAAGGAUGGAUGCAAACGGAGAAAUCCCCAAACUCUGUGUCCUCUGACUACGACUACGCGCUGGUGGAGCUGAAACGACCCCUCAAACAGAAGUUCAUGGAGCUCGGGGUGGCGCCCUCUAUAGCCCCCCUGACGCGUAUACACUUCUCAGGCUACGAUACGGACAAGGAGUGGCCCGGAGAGGAGCGGGUGGUGUACCGGUUCUGUUCAGUGUCAAACGAGUCCGAUGAUUUGAUUUACCAGCACUGCGACGCUCAGGUGGGCGCCACGGGGGCGGGUGUUUACAUUCGUCUGAGACAGGAAGUGGGAGACGCAGGGGGGAAGGGGAAGUGGCAGCGGAGGGUGAUCGGGGUGUUCUCAGGCCAUCAGUGGGUGGAGGUAGAAGGAGGCGGGCUGAAGGACUUUAACGUCGCGGUGAGGAUUACUCCCGCCAAAUACGCCCAGAUCUGCCACUGGAUCCACGGAGACCCGCGUCUCUGCAAAGAGGUGUGACCGCCACGGAUCAGCGAGAGAAAAGAGACUCACAGAAAAGAGAAUAUUUCCAAACUUUGACUCAUGAGCUGAAAUUUUCUUUGCUUGUUAACUUUUAGCAGCGUGUUCACGUAGAUCUCGCCACGCACAGCAUCACGUAUACGGAAACGCCCCUCCUGGCGUCACGGCUGCAUCAACUCAUCACAUUAUUAAACACGCUUCAUGUUUUCUUAGAGAGAAUAUAAAGUUUGGAUUGUUUCAGAUUUAUUUGUGGACAUUUGGAGAGAGCGAGGAAAACGAAUCUUCAGCAAAGAGUAACCUUUGACCUCUGAGACAAGGACGCUGCAUCUAUAUAAGAGCUCACGCUUCAGCCGCCAAUCCUGCACCUCAGUUUAAGAUAUAAGUGUGUCACAAUAAUGCAAUAACUAGAACUUUUUAAGAUGUACUGAUCUAUUCAGGUCUUUAAGAUGUGUGUUUGAACUAGAUGAAUAAACGGUUUUCCUCAACAGGGUCAGGUGACAUUGACCUCUUCUAAAAACUUACAGUCUUCUCAAAGUGCAAUUUAAAGGGAAAUUCUGGCGUAAAAUUAAUUUAAGGUCAAACACACCAUAACACCGAAUUAGGCACCCCCUACAGAGUUGAAUGUUGCCGACCGCUCCCUUCUCUAAUUAUACCAACUUUAGUAACGACCGCAGGAUAGCAAUACACAGCGAUCUGAGGAGCCAUAAACAAACCUCAACCGAAAGACCACUCUAUAGCCACAAAUAAUGCUCAGAACAGCACCUAACUUCAUCAACAGGACAUAUUGGGUCCUAACCACAGUUCAUUACGGACUACAGCGGGGUGCCGCAGCUCAAGGAAGAACAUUUAUGAUCAUUUCUUCAUGGAAAUACAAUCAGACCGAGAUGCUAAGGCAGUGGGCUACUAUGACUGGGACACUGCAUGUCCUGUUAAUGAAGUUAGGUGCUGUUCUGAGCAUUAUUUGUGCCUAUAGAGUGGCAUUUUGGUUGAGGCUUGAUUAUGGCUCUCUGUAUUUCUAUCCUGUGGACGUUACUAUAAAGUUGGUAUAACUAGAGAAGCAAGUGGUCGGCAACAUUCAUCUCUCAAGGGGGCGUCUAACUCUGAGUUACGUUGUGUUUGACCCUGACUUAAUUUUACCCCUGAAUAUCCCUUUAAUCCUCACAGUUUGCUCUGAAAUGUGGGUUUGUUAUGCUAACAGCAGCUAACAUGGCCCAUGGUGCUAGUCCAAAGCAGCUGUGAGGGAGUCCAAAUCCCACUACUCCACUUUGACUUGGAGGUGUUUCGUCCAUGAACUCUGUAUGUAGUUAAGCUUCAAACACCUGAUGAGGUUCAUACAAACACUAUAGAGACUUUCACAUAGAUCUAAAGUUUAAGCUGUAUUUAUGAUGGAAAUUAAUCAAAGUUUGUAUCCGACUCAUUUAAGAGUGUUGCCUGUCUGUAUUUUUAGCCUUUUUGUUUCAUAACUGUAGAAAACGGUGCAAUAAAGUUUGUGAAUAACUGAAAAAAUCCACCAUCACCUCUUGUUUUUGAUGCACUUCAUUCAUCCCCAGUUGAGACUGUAAUAAUAUAAUUUCCCAAUGUUGUGCAGAGUCGCCUUUAUGAGAAUUAAAUACUCUAAUUACCCUUCCUCCUGUGUUAGCUUUUACUAUGUACCCACUAAGUUAACAGGUCGGUUAAUCAGCUGUAAAUUACACUAAAAGCAAUUCUCUAUCAUCUAAUUUGGUUCUCAUCUUUAGGUUACCUUUUGAGGAGGAGGGAUACACUUCCAUGUAUUUUUUUGAUGCUUCACAAAAGCACAGAUUUCUCGUCUGUACUCAAACUUUCAUGCCACAAACAAACAAAAAUACAGAAAUUUUCAAAGACCAAGCCAACAGAAGCAGAACAGAGAUCAGUGAUGAGCCGUGAGGGUCGUUUGGAUCAGUGUAUUUGUCUUUUAUUGCAUCUCAUUUGGACUCACAUGCAGGUGGGGCGAAGGGUGGGGGAGUUUGGGGGGAGGCGGGGAUGAUGCCAUCCAUAAUAACCCAAAGAAAGAACAACACAACCUCCAUCUGAAUACAAACGAUAUUUACCCACAUUCCUCCUGUUCGUAUGUGUCAUAGUCGUCUUUAUUUUUUUCUUUCAACACUUUGUUAAUGCCACAAUGGAUUAAGAUACAGUCACUUUUGGAAAUAAACAGAUAAACACACAGAAUAUCCAGCGUAUACAGAGAGAGUCCCGAAGACCUCCAACCGUCUGAACGACCCAAAGAGGACCGACUUCCUCCCUCACUGACAGUUAUGUAAUGUGGGAUGAGAGACAGAGAAAGGCGCUCUCUGAGAGUACUUUAAACCGCACCCCAGACUGACUCGUGUCGCAUGCUACGCUGCAGUAUCACACCACAACAGCAGAUGGCGCAAUAGUAAACACUCAGGGCAAAGUUUCUGUCCAAUACUGCCUGAUUACAAAUCGAGAUUAUUCGACAUAACUAAAAAAUAUAUGAUAUCUUUUCUCACAAAAUAAAGAUUAAAGAAAAAUAUGUGUAAUCUAUCAUUUCAAAUAGUCUAAAAUGCAUAUGUCAAUUUGAACACAGUUCACAAAUUUUUGCAUGUUUCACACGAUCCCUAAAAAAAAACAAAAAAACAAAAUAAACAAAGAGAAAAAGAAAAAAAACGAACACAGUCCCGUGAUAAGUCCAGAUUUGCAGUGCAAGAGUUGUUCUCAGUUGUUGACAGCUGGGAGGAUGGAUGGCCAAGCAGAUAUAGGUACAACCAAGUUUCAAUGACAUAAACAUAGCUCAGUAUUAGUUCAGACAACAGGGCCAGAGUGGGAGUGGGAGUGGGAGUGGGGGGGUCGGCCAGUGAAGUUACGCACACUGAACACAGUCCACAUUUAACAACAUAGUCCUCGUUUGGGAGAUGCGCAGAGAAACCAACAUAUAUCCACCAUUCCAAUCGGCUGAUAUGCAGAAAUCCAGAAUGAAUCUAAAUACACAUUUAAUAUUUUUUUGUUUGUUUUUUUAAUAGUAUAUUAAGUAAAGGUUAACACUGAUACACACACACACACGCACACACACCCACACACACAUAAACAGAUUUAUGUUUUCUGUAUCUAGGGUUCACAUUCACAGUUGUGCUACAACAUUAGAUAAGGGGGGGGGCGAAAAGGGGGCGGGGCAGAGAUGGGUGAUGUGAUGGCUGGUUGGCUGAAGGGGUUGGAGGGCAUGACUGAGGGGAAGGCAGUGGGGGGGUGCAGACAUCCACAUCCACAGAGCUCCAGACACGGUGACGAACCUGCAGACGGAGGAAAGAGUAUCUGAUCAGAACUCAUACUUUUGAUCGUAGCGAGUAAUCUAGAGUCGGGAUGAGAAUCGAUAACAAGAUCUUUUUUGUCUGCCUUCUUGACGAUUCUUCUUAUCGGUUCCUCUUGCAUCUCUAUGCGUGAUGAUGUAGUAUGCGAGAAGUGUGUUUUGGUUUAUAACUUUCCAGCAUGGCGCCGAGGCAAAAGUGCUCCAGAAAUUUGGCUGGAUUUCAAGCAAAAAGAUGAUACCAAGUCUACUUGAAAAGCUUUAGUUUCAUUGAAGGGGGGAAAUACUUCCGAUAUGCGGAAAUAUCUGUCCACCCAGCAUGCGAUUAAUUUCCGGAAGUGUAAUGUGUUUGAUGCGCUACUUAGCGAAGGCGAGACUGGUACAGGCAAAAGCAGGAGCAGGGCUAACGUCUUGGUAUCAUCUGCUUUAGUCCACAUUACUCUGUUUGAUGUCGGACCUCAGAAAACUAAAAUACCUCCACACCACCGACGUUUUUGUGCCGGUGUUGUCGAUAAUAUCGUCAUCUGUUGAGCCUUCAUUGUCAGCGCUUGUAUUGUCCUUGCUUAUAUUCGGACAAGACAAGCGCUAAAAUAACUUUCGUAGAUGUAGCCAUCUCGUGUCCGCCUCCAAUUUUGCUUUCGUCUGACUUACGCUGGUUACUCAUGUGUGACAUCAGCUCGGACUUCUGAAUUCCGAGGUAACUCGACGCAACAUAAUUUCUCACUCAAAGAGAAUCAAUAAGAGAAUCGAUAAGGAAUCGUAUCAAUUCCCAAUUCCCAUCUCUUGUCUAGAGCCCGUAUCACCGUACCUUGGGGGUUUACAGGUCAGUCAGUCUACAUGAAGUCCUUAAUGUUGAGGUCAUCCAGAGCGUUCCUCGGUGGUGGAGGCUUCCUGGGACUCUGGGCUGCUCCGGGAGACAUCUGUAGACACGACUUUAUGUCAGUACUUUCACUCUAGCUGUUAUUUUUAUUAAUGAAAGAGUGAAACCGAGAGAGAGAGAGUUACCGGCGCCCCAGGGGUCGCUCCCGCUGCAGGGAAGCCUGGCCUCACCAUCGGCAUCAUGGGAGCUCCUGGUGCCCCAGGCUUACACAGAGACAGACAGGAGAAUAGAGAGGAAAGUGAGACACAAUGUGGGGCGGCUGCUGGGUGUGAGGGACACCUGAGGGACUCAUUGUCCAUCAGGAUCUAGUAAUGUCCAGACUGGGGGGCAGGGACAUUACUAGACCAUAUUGGACUGGUGGUCUUACCAUGCCGAAGGUGGGGUAAGUCCCCAUAAAAGGAGGGACACCCAUGGGUACGGUCUACAGGUGUGGAGGGGAGGGAGAGGAGGAGGUGGGGUGUUACAAGACUACAUAUAAGACAGACACACAAUGCAAAGAACAUAAAGACCCAGACCCUAAAGACAGAGACAAAGACACACUGACCCGAUAUUUCCACCGCAUCUGGAAGGGCUCCUAUCCGGAACCUCGGCGAUUUUUGACGUACAGCAAUUCCUACCAGAUCUGUUUGUGAGGUGAAUUUCAUGACAGCAGGAAUCACAAGAACUCACAAGAACCCAGGGAUUCACAUGCGAUCGCACGAUAACGAGUUCUCUUUAGCCACAGAGGCUAACCAUAUAAGCAGUAGUUUGUGUCCUUCCAGAGGAGGAAAUCUACUUCUAGACUUCUAGAAUCAGCAUCUCCUCAUCUCCGCCUGUUUGCAUGGUGUGAAAUACGAUCUGCCUGAAACACAGAAUUUUUUAUUUUGAAAAGAAGCCGGAUGUUUUAUUUUGUGUCUGUGCCCGACUUCCUUUCCAGCACGAGUUAAUCUGUGCUGAAUUUAUCCGCCAUGCUCCGGCGUCCGGAAAAAACAGAACUCUCGCGAUCAGCUGAGGAGUCCGGCGAUCCACAGAGGAACGGAAAGAAGCCGGUGGAAUUGACGCAUUAACUUGAAUGGUUACGAUCAGCUAUGAUCAGCAGAUACGGCCUUUUCGAAGCUGUUCCGGAUGCGGCGGAAAUUCAGGGUGAGUCCAGACAACAAAAGUCGACACAACAAACAAACAAAAAUGGACAACUACACAUGCAACAGGGUUUGGAGAGCAGGGGAGAAGCUUUUAGCAGGAAGCCUCUAGAUGAGAAAGUUAUUUCUGUUGUUGCUAAAAAGAAACUUAAUUAUCCAAAAUGAGCAAAGGCGUUAGUGAAGGUUGCAUUCAGCUAUGAGGGGGAGAACCAGGUCGCUUUCCUGGACUCGUUUAGGCUCAGAAAUAAAGAGGAACUUAAAGAGAAAGAAGCUGUAUCCAGGCAACAGCUUCUUCAAUUGGCUCUAAUAUUUGCCACUUCAUAACUCUCCAGUAGAUGUUCCAGUUAAACCAGAAAUAAGAUUUAAAAUUUCUACUUCUGGUUUCUUCUAGUCUACUUCAGGUCGUCUUUGUCUUCCUCGGUCUACAGCUGAACCUGGAACCUGGAGAGCUAGAUGAAGGCAAUGCUCGUGAUUGCUGCUAUAUGCCCUGUCUGUUGCUGCCAUGCGUCUCCACUCCAUGCUAUAAGACACAGACAACAUUUACCAUGGGAGCACCCCAACAUGGGGGAGCUACCUGAGGGGCCGCUGGGGUUCCCAUUGUGAGAUCUGGAAAAAAGAGAGAAAGAGAAACACUGAAAGGUCACAGUUUUCAUUCACUGACGAGACAGAGGAGCGAGUUAAAGGGAUAUCUCGGCGUAAAAUUAAGUUAGGGUCAAAAACACCGAGUUAGACACCCUGUCAAGAGAUGAAUGUUGCCGACCACUUGCUUCUCUAGUUAUACCAACUUUAGUAACGACCACACGAUUGCAAUACAGAGCGGUCCGAGGAGCCAUAAACAAACUAAAACGCCACUCUAUAGACGGGUUUCUGCAACGUCAUCGCAGGUAUGUGCCUGCAGCGUUGGGGCAGAAAGCGGGACAUUUCUUAUUUGUUAACCAGCGGAGUCAACGGAGAAAGAAAAUGACAAGGAGCUGUUGUGCUGUAACUACAGCGGGGUGACGCAGUUCAAGGAAGAACAUUUAUGAUCAUUUCUUCAUCAUUUCCUUGAAGUUAUAUUCUCCAUAUCAAUCAUUUUUCUCUGCAGAUGCGAUAGUUCUUCUGCCUUAGCGUCUCGGUCUGAUUGCAUUUCCAUGAAGUAAUGAUCAAGUAAUGGACUGGCCUGAAGCGGCUGCUGGAAGAGAGUAGGUGAGUUGUGUUUAGUCUCUUUGCUAAAGAAAUGAGUCAAAGUUAAAAAGAUGUUUGGUGUCUAGUACUAUGUCUGGGACCCUAUAUGUCCUGUUGAUGAAGUUAGGUGCUGUUCUGAGCAUUAUUUGUGGCUAUAGAGUGGCGUUUUGGUUGAGGUUUGUUUAUGGCUCCUCAGACCGCUCUGUAUUACUAUCCUGUGGUCGUUACUAAAGUUGGUAUAACUAGAGAAGCAAGCGGUCGGCAACAUUCAUCUCUCGAGGGGGUGUCUGACUCGGGGUAACGGUGUGUUUGACCCCUACUUAAUUUUACACCAGAAUAUCCCUUUAAUUUUAUGAAGGGAAAUUCGCUCAUUUACUUUUAACUUUUUCCACAAUCUGAGAGAUUUUUCCAAACAAAGUAAAUCAGAGAAUUUCCCCGUUAUCAAUCUGACAUUACUAGGAAUCUAAAAGACUACUUACUACUCGCCAUGUUGGCCAUGGAGGUGUCAACAUCUCCCCCCUGGGGGGUCAAAGUGGGCUUCAUUACAUCUCCUAAUCCAUCAAAUACUACAGAGAGGGGAGGGGAGAAGGGAGGCUCGUGUUAGCGUCUGUCAGGGUAAGCAUCCUCACACUCCACCACAAGUCAGUCUCCCUUUACUACUACGGAGGAUUACCAUGACAACCAACAGAUGUCUCCAUGACAACAGAGAAGAGAGAGAGAGGGGGGCACUAGGAAGUGAGUUAGAGAGAGAAUCAAGUUUAAAAUCAGCGUCUUUAUGUUUGGAUAAAUUACAGAUCAUUCAGAUGUUGUUAAAUCUGUUAUUGGAGACGUCUGUCAGCUGUUUAAUGCUGAGAUAAUUCACAUUAUAAGACUUUAAAUCUGCAUGUGAUCAUUUAAAGAAAGACUUAAGACCCUUAAGGCCCAAACAGACACUUGGUGGAUCUUUUUUCAGGUGAAUGUGUGAGAGUGCUGCAGGAAGGAUGAGGGCAAAGGCACCGCAGCUAGAAUGGAGCUAAGCUAACAGCUAGAGGAGCGCGGCGUGACACCACCGCCACUCCACACACACUCUCUGUAACCACAGAGCGUCGGUAAUGGAAGGGGGGGCAGUGCAGCUGAGCGUGCCGCCUUUCACCACUGCAAUGCAGCAGUGCACUGUGGGAAAUUAGCGUGUUAAAGAGCAAGGAAACUCACCCAAUCAAAUGGCAGGAAGCAAGCAAUGAGCCAGCCCAAGAGCCAGAUGGAGAGAGAGAGAAAGGGAGUGGGGGGUGAGGGAGAGUGAGGAAAAGAAAGAAAGAGAGAAAGAGGAGAGUAAAACAGCUCAGAUGCCAGAGAGGAGGGAGGAGGAAAGCGUCGUGGUUCAAGUUUUUAAAGGAGCGGGCGGUGAUGAAGAGCAUGAAUGAUAGAAAAGAGAGAGAGAGAGAGGGAGGGAAAGAAAGGGUUAAGCCUUUCAGCAGUAGUAGUAUUGCAGACCAUCAGUUAUAUAACAUGAAGACCAGUGGCACAGGACAGGGAGUGAGAGGAAACAGGUGAGCGGGGCAUGGGCAUGUGUUGCCAUGGUAACAGUCACCACAGUAACUCAACGAACAGUCCUGACAGGUGGGGAGAAAAGGGGAAAGAUUCCCCACAGGACUCUGUACGAUGUGAAUGAUGUGAUGAAAUACGACUCCGACGUGACCAUAUAUGGGCGUAGUUCAAAUACAAGGACUCGUCACUGAACACAGAACAAAUAAAAGACAAGUUUGACACUCUGACGUCUGACCUGAUGAAUACAACAGCCUGGAUUUAUAAAAGUUCACGAGUUUAGAGACAAACAGUCAUCAGAAAUGUUUUAGUUUAAAGAUCCAAUGAGGAGUUUUUCUACAUUAAUGAAAUGGGCUUAUAACAAUAUUAUUACCAUUAUCAUAAUUUAUAACAGCUUAAAUUGGUGCAAGCAGCUGAAGAGCUAGGCCUGUUUUUUAGUUUCCACAAAAAUAUUCACAAUAAUGAUGCAUCCGACUAGGGCUGGGCGAUAAACCGAAAAUUUACAGAUACUGAUAUUUACAACAUUAACUGACGUCAUUUUGCCCAGAUCGGUGUAUUCAGUGUAUAAAAAAAAAAUAAAUCAAAGUUGGUUUUGGAUGUGUGUAGGUAGGCUAUGGUCUAGUGUCCCAGAUGUAUUUUAUUAAUCGAGACGUGCAAAUGAAAUUAUUUUACCAAAACAACAACUACAUUCGACUGUCCAAAGUUGGCAGGAUUUUAUUUUUUUUUUUACAAUAAACACCAUUAAGCAUAUGGAGGACAAGAUAUGCGAAGAGCGGUUUGCCCACAGGGGGCGCCAAAGUUCACACAAACCAAAAGUUCCUCACAGGAGCUUUAAACAAGUAUUAAUUAAUCCAAGCUUGGUCCAUAACUAGAAUAGAAGGUGUCUCUAACAAAUAAAAUUUACCUUACUAACACGUACCAACUAAAAAUCAUGCAGUUACAUAUGAAUUAGCAACAAAUAAAGUCAUGGAUGGAUAACAAAGUAUCAGGCCUCUGAGCAUAGACAUAUACAGGCUAGAUCACUCCUCUGAUCACUGUCAGCAUCCUGCAGGUAAACCCAACCUGGAGUGUUUGCAAAGUUUCUUCCUGCUUUGGAUAAACUGAGUUGACCUCAACAGUUCAGCAUUUUGGCUCCCCACCAUCAGAAUAAUAUCUGAGGAAAACUGCAGCUGGAUGAACACUGUCACUUGUGCCCUGCAGCACUUACAUCAGGAAACAAUCAACAAACCCAGGCGUGGGGGAUUUAUCAAGGAUUCGAUUUGCAGAGACUCGAUAUUUAAAGUCGUGCUGAGCAGGAUCAGGAGAGAAAGACCGAUCAGAACUGAGCCUCAAACAUCUCUCUAAAGUAACCCAUCCAUGACUUCACCAUACCGCUCCACAAAGAAGGAAAUACUUCUAUUAACUGUCUGCAACACAUCAGUAUUCCUUCGUUUUACACACAACAUGCAUGCAGAAGUCUGAACGGCUGUUUUCACCUGACAUGAGCUCAGCACCGGGGGCGGCAGCAGCAGCAGGAGCAGCAGCGGCGGCUGCAGCUGUGGCGUCUCCUCCUGUGGACUCUGACAGGUCAAACCAUGCCAGGUCAAAGCAGAGGGCGCCGUUUCCAUCGCAGCAUGAGGGCAAAGAAGUGGGAAUAGUCAGCCUAGUCCUUCACACUGGUGAUGCCAAACAAGAGGGCUCGGAGUUAGAGAGGUUAGAUCAGACAGGAGUCAUAUUCACAUUCGCACAUACACAUAUAUAUACAUCCUAAUGACAAACUUAAAGCUCCUGUAGGGAGUUUUAUGGGAUGGAUAAAAGCAAAUAAGACUGUGAGGGACCAGAGCGCUUAAAUAAACAGCCCCAUUUUUACAGUUUCAUCCCAUUUUGCUUGUGAAAGCUGGAAAGCUAACAGCUUGUUUGGCACUGUGAUUCCGAGAAGUACAGUUGGUGCUAGAGGCCAACGCGCAUGCGCAUAACUAGCUUGUUUGUAUUUUACUCAUGCCCUGCCGCUGCGCUGGGAUGCCUUUCCUCUCUCCGCUGGAGUGUGGCUGAACCUGGUUUGAGCCCACUUCAUGGGUGCAAACCAGUUCCUGAAUACUGUAAAUUCCAACAUGUUGUUGGUAACUUUUUUGGCAUGUGAUUGUUGUCAUUUGACUGACUAUGGAGCUGGUUACAUUACUGUGUGUGUGUUUGCAUCAAACUUUGUCAGUCCUGAAUAUUUAAGCUUUCAUUUAGCUGACCUAUAAAUUCCAACAGGUUGUUGUUGGUAACAUGGGGCAAGUGUGAAUGUGAUGGGGCGCUAACAUCAGGUGCAGGUAAAAUCAUCUACUCGCUUAACUCGCGCGAAUCCAGACACAUGAAUGAAUUGUAUUUACUCGCUUCAUUCACGCAUCAACGGUAAUCCUUGCCGAUCAAAUGAUAGACAAAGAUUUUUUUUCUCAAUCUACCAGGUAAUCCUAAAAUGAGCUCCUUUUUAUUUUGGUUUUGGUGAUUGAAAGAAAAGGUAUCAUAUAAUUCGGGGCACCCACACACCGACACGAUCAGUUUGUCCUCCAUUUUAGAUACCAGUAAACAACCGUCCGUUUUCAUACGUCACCCAGCAACCUUUGUGCUGAUUAGUUAUUGCGACGCAGAUACCCGCUCAAGUUUAGACACUUUCAGCCUUCCCCCAAUUCGUGUCAUUCGCGCUGCCAGAGUAGAACGAGCGUCUAAUCGCGUCUUUGCAUUGAUUUAACAUGUAAUUCAGUCGCGCGAAUGAUUUUACUCGCAUUUAAUGUGUGGAGACAGUGAGUGUGUCUAUCACAGUCGAGUUGAUAUAGUAGUGAAAAACCAUAUUGUGUGUUUUUGUGCGGGUGCUCGCAUGGGGUUGACACUUCAUCAUGACCACGGUAAAAGGUCACCGCUCGCUGCUGCGUUAAAUACUCAUGUUUUAUGGCACAUUUGAGUUAGCAGGACUUAAGCAUAUGUCAAAGACAAGAUAAGCAACGACUUAUUUGUCCACAGGGGGCGCCAAAGCUGACACUAACCCAAAAUUCCCCACAGAAGCUUUAAUUGACAGUCAUUGUUGAUAAUUAAAUGCAUUUCUGUUUAGAUUAGAUCAGAUGUUUUUAUCCUUUUGGGAAGGAUCCCUCAAGGAAAUUAAAAUUAAAUAAUACAACAAACAAAACUCGAGCUCUCUCUCCAUAUAAAUAACUCGAAGAUUAAAUAAUUCAACCACUAAAACGUGACCAAAACUUGCAUCCAGCACUGCUUUUCCACCUCCACGGUCGACCCACACAGAAAUAAUGAUAUGCAGAGAAAACAUGAAGUUAAACAACAGAACUAUUCAUCAGUUAGGAUCAUGAAAAAGCCUCUUAUACAGUCGAAUCCUUCGUUCAUGUGAUUUACCCACCACCAAA